ACUAAAGCCUUUCAGGCUAUGUGGUACUAUUGCUGGGUUCGAAGGCUGAACAACAGCAUGGGGGUGCAGAGCAUCGAAUACAAGGCAGCGGGCGUCUUGGUGAACACGGAGCAACUCAGUAGAACUGCGAGGCUUUAUCAUUCUCUGUCCUCUGCUGUCUUUCAAUUUACGUGAGGCAUCACAAAUUGCAAUGGUCCCGGGAGCAGGCGGUGCACCGAGCUGCAAGCACCGAGCGGCACGCACCGAGCUGCGGGCAGCGGCGGCGGCAGGGCGGGCCGGGUGGCGCCCGCGGCCGCGCACUCCCAGGCUCUGCAGACUCAGGUUUCCAGGCCCCGCCUUCCGGGCCCAGCUGAUCUCCGCCGCCCCUUGGGCCCGACACCCGGAGCCCGGCGAAGCCCUGCGCUCCCAGACCCGCCGCCCUGAGCGCAGCCGACCUGGGUGUGGACCGCGCGGGCGCCGGGAGCGGGAGGCGGGGCGGGACUGCGGAGCGCGGCGGCGCGGAGAGGAGCGAGGCCCGGCCGGCCCGGCCCGCCGCGGCCAUGGAGGUUUACAUCCCGUCCUUUCGCCACGAGGAGAGCGACCUGGAGCGCGGCUACACGGUGUUUAAAAUAGAAGUGCUAAUGAAUGGAAGAAAACAUUUUGUUGAGAAAAGGUACAGCGAGUUUCAUGCCUUGCACAAAAAGCUUAAGAAAUGUAUAAAAACUCCAGAAAUCCCUUCUAAACAUGUUAGGAACUGGGUCCCCAAAGUCUUGGAACAACGACGGCAAGGCUUGGAGACAUAUUUGCAGGCUGUCAUUUUGGAAAAUGAAGAACUUCCCAAACUCUUUCUUGAUUUCCUAAAUGUAAGACACUUGCCCUCUCUACCAAAGGCAGAAAGCUGUGGGUCUUUUGAUGAGACAGAAUCUGAGGAGUCAAGCAAACUGUCCCACCAGCCGGUGCUGCUGUUCCUCGGGGAUCCAUACGUCUUGCCUGCAGCCAGCGCCUAUUUUGAAUUAGAAGAAGAGGAGAUUUUCCAAACGUGGUUAUUGAAGGAGUUCUUCAUGGCAUAUUUUACCCUCAUCUCCAACCUAGGUAGAAAUCCUCCCUGGCUCAAAAAAGCUGAAGCAAGUUUCAAAGUUGUAGGCAAAGAAAUCAAUAACUACCAAAUUAACCAAAACUCUGGGCCACAACAGCUCUAGCUAGUGGGAAAAUUCACAGUUGCAGCUUAAUUCAGAGCAGGGACAUUUCCAUUAGAAUGGUGCUUUUAAAAAUAGAAACUGGACCAGGGCAGGGCCAGGUUAAGGCCAAGUGUUUAAGAACUGAAGGUAGCCACCGACCUGGGAAGCCACGAAAAGGAGGCCAUGGUAGGUUACCGGGAGCACCGAGCAGCACAAAUCAAAGCUGGGCUCUGCUUCACCCACACCAUUUGCUAAUUGAAAAUCAUAUCAUGAGUCAAGCUGGCCCUGAACAACCUUGGUGGCCUUCUGUUCAGAUCCUGGCACACUCAUCUUUUCACCUGGAGGUUUUCUCUGUCAGGGAUGCUGCAUUCUGCAGUGCUGGCACCAGAGGAGGGUUGAACCCACUGUGCAGACUGAGGAUGGAGCCAACCUGGAUGUUCAGUUGUCCUGAUGGUGGACCGUAUCAAUGGAUCAUGGCAUUUUAGUUUUCACUACAGUGGCACAGCCUCACACCCACAGAUUAGCUUCCCCCAUCAGUGCUUGGUAUGGAAUGGGGUAUUGGGACCAUCCUUGGAAGCCCUCUAAAAAGACUGUAUUGGAAAUCCGUCCUCCAUUAAUUUUUCCUCCAGUUUUGGAAGAUAUGAGUACUCCUCUGAAGACCAGCUGACACCACUGCUGGGGUUUUAGGGGCCGUUUCAUAUAGAAAGCACAUACUUUGAAAACUAGACUCACACUGCAAAAUUCUUGCCCCAUAAGAGGUGGGCCUGAGCUAAGAGUGGCUACAUCAGGAGCAGACAGACCGUGCUGCGUCUCCUCCCUGUGUAUGAUUAUGCAGCGCCUGGCUCUGCCACAGCAUUUCGUGUGAUUUUCUUACAAGCUCCUCUUCACUGACCUCAUGUGUGGAUUAAUGUGAGUUAGAUGUGUUUAUGCUGAAACUCCACUGGAUGUCACACAGAUGUUCAUCUGCUGAGUAAUGAAGGAUCAAAGCAUAUGUACUACCUGUAUGUAUGUGCUGAUUAACGGCCUAUUUAUGGUUAUUUUCAUACGUUUCAAUGUGGGGAAAAUAUUUAAAAUUGAAAGUACUAACCACAUCAUGGUUUUUUACUGGCAUCUAAAUCUACAGAUUGAAAGCCUGCUGCAAACUUUUAAAAAUACAUUUUUAUGAUGGAUUAUGUUACAUGUUGGCAAUAAGAAUGAAGUAACUGAGUGUCAUUCACCAAAAAUAACUGAAUAAUGAAGUAUUAGAGAUACUUUGGAAAUGUUUUUAUGUUACUAGCUAUUUUGAGUUAAAUAAAAAGAAAAAACUAAUAUUUGAA